UGACACACUCAAAAUGGCGCGGCAGAACACCCUAUCCUAUUACGUCAGUGGGGUCCCCGUGACGUCACAUGCAGCCUGAUCGCCAGUGACAAGCGGCGGUGUUCUUCCAGCGCUCAGUGCAACCAGCGAAGUCCAGAACCGCGAUGGCUUUACGCAGCGCAGUGGCACGCCUCCUGACCUGUAACGGACGUGGAGUGGCUCUGACGGCGGCACGAACGCAGAGCACUGCGUCCCCACAGAAAGAUAGCGACGGGAAGCUCCGACAGGCUGUCAAAAAGCCGAAGGUGCAGUUUGACUGGAAAGACGCUCUGGAGCUGGAGGGUCAGCUGACGGAGGAGGAGAAGAUGAUCCGAGACACCUUCCGCACGUACUGCCAAGACAAACUCAUGCCACGCAUCCUCAUGGCCAAUCGCAACGAAGUGUUCCACCGCGAGAUUGUGAACGAGAUGGGAGAACUGGGAGUGCUGGGGCCGACUAUUAAAGGGUAUGACUGUGCCGGCACCUCUUAUGUGGCUUAUGGCCUGAUUGCCCGGGAGGUUGAGAGAGUGGACAGCAGCUACCGGUCAGUGAUGAGUGUCCAGUCCUCCCUGGUCAUGCACCCCAUCUACACGUACGGGACCGAGGAGCAGAAACAGAAGUACCUGCCCAAGCUGGCCCGGGGUGAACUGCUGGGCUGUUUCGGGCUCACAGAACCGAACCACGGCAGCGACCCAGGCAGCAUGGAGACCCGGGCCCGCUUCAACCCCUCCAGCAGAACCUUCACCCUCAACGGAACCAAGACCUGGAUCACCAGCUCCCCGAUGGCGGAUGUGUGCGUGGUGUGGGCGAAGUGCGAGGACGGGGAGGUGCGGGGGUUCCUGCUGGAGCGAGGCAUGCCAGGGCUCUCCACCCCGCAGAUCCAGGGCAAGUUCUCUCUGCGCGCCUCGUCCACGGGCAUGAUCGUGAUGGAGGACGUGGAGGUGCCCGAGGAGAACCUGCUGCCGCACGUCACCGGCCUGGCGGGCCCCUUCGGGUGUCUGAACAGCGCCCGCUACGGGAUCUCGUGGGGGGCUCUGGGGGCGGCGGAGUUCUGUUUCCACGCUGCGCGCCAGUACACCUUGGACAGGGUCCAGUUCGGUGUGCCCCUGGCCAGGAACCAGCUGAUGCAGAAGAAGAUGGCGGACAUGCUGACUGAGAUCACCAUCGGGCUGCAGUCCUGUCUGCAGCUGGGCAGGCUAAUCGAUCAGAAAAAGGCUGCCCCAGAGAUGAUCUCGAUGCUCAAGAGGAACUCCUGCGGUAAAGCACUGGACAUCGCGCGGCAGGCGAGGGACAUGCUGGGGGGAAACGGCAUCGCGGACGAGUAUCACGUCAUCAGACACGUCAUGAACCUGGAGGCUGUCAACACCUACGAGGGAACCCAUGACAUUCAUGCACUGAUCCUGGGCAGAGCAAUCACUGGGCUUCAGUCCUUCACUGUGGGGAAGUAGUCCAGGGUUUACCAGCAACCAGAAACACCAACAUCUUCUACUGAGUGAACUCUGCCAUUUGAAGGGAGCAAUCGCCAGUUACUGCUGCAACUUUUCUUUUGUUUGUUUUAGAAAUAAAAAACAGAUGUAGUUUAUUUUGAGCUCACCAGGAUGAGUGUCUUGCCUUUGGGUGUCAACUUGUGUUACGUAUUUACUCUUCAAGAUGUAGAAUCAUACAGCUCUGGCCAAAUGUUUUGCAUCCCCCUAUAGAACGAACUGCUCGAUAAAGUCGAAAUUAAACCUGCUGAACAUAUUGAAUUACACACCGCUUUGUAGUUUUCCAUAGACUUAACGGAAAAACUGACAAACUGAAAAAUGUGACAUGAAUUACUAUACUGCUGUUAUGGUUUCCGGUAGACUUUUGUGAAAUGAAAGAUCUAAGUUGUGUUCAUAUAGUUUCUUUGAGACUUGAACCUUGUCCUUAACUCUUACUAGAUUCUACAGUCACAGUGAGGAGUUUGCUUCAAUUUAAGAAGCUGUUUUUUUGGGUUUAAUCUCUGAUCACCGUUGUAAGGUUUGAAGUCGAGUCCACAAAGGUGGUUUCUGAUAAUGCGUUGAACAUUGAAAAGGACUUCUAGUUUAAACGUUUGUCAGUGUAACUGGCUGCUCUUCAGGAAUCUAACUUGACAAACUGUAAGAAAGGAAAAGCUCAGGUCAGCCUCAUAGGACUCCCAGUAACACAGCUCUAACUGCGCACUGUCUCGCCAGUAGUAAAACAAAGGCCCCCUAUUGUAUACAAACUAGCCUUUGACACGGUUCUAUACCGGUAAGGUCUGCUCAAUAUCUGUCCUGCUUUUGUAAUAAUGAGUGAAACACGUUUGCUGGAACAUUUGUUCUCCUCCUGCUGUGGGUAAAUAAAGCUCUUCCAGUGA